AUGGGCCUGGGUGCCGAUCGGAGGGGCAUUGGGCCCCACCCUAACCCACUAGGGGUUCCUCUGACCUUUCCCCUUUUCAGCAUCCUACAUGGCUCCAGCCCACAAGGUACCGGAACUAUUGGCGGAGAGGCCGUGACGGAUGUGACGGGCCUCAAGGGUGCUCGUGCCAAUCAGCGGGUGCAAUGA